AUGUCCAGCGAUACCAACAACUCCACCACUAAAACUACCAACCGUAAUGAGCGUCGAAACCGACAACGGAAUAAAAAUUUCCACCACCGAUAUCUGGCCCUUUGUCGUUCGAAGAACUUCCAACCCUUACCGGAGAUUGUAAAACCGAAGCAGAAGGAUCAAGUGUUUCUCGAUGUGUAUGGUGAUCGAUUCAAAGCGAACGAUUGGCAGCUGAUCGUGGAUGCUUUACGGGAGGAUAAUUCGAUUGACCAUUUGGCUCUUCGCUUGCGGAAAACGCACAUCGAAGGUACUGACGGUUUAACUCCAGCAAGCGUGCUAGAAAGACAUGGAACGGAGAAAGCAGUGUUUCUGGACAAGCGUUUGUUCAAGCAGCUGGUGGACACGCUGGCAAUCUUUCUCCGAACAAACAAAGUGGUGAAGUAUUUCGCAAUCGAAGGAUUCCCACUGGCAGGUGUUCGCUUGUGCACGCUUAUAACGGGUCUGGUGGAUAACACGUCGCUGACCGAGCUGAACCUUGCCAGAUGUUCCAUCGGAGAUGAGGGAUGCAAAGCGUUGUGCAAUGAGGUGAAGUUUUUCCCCAAUUUGCUCGUACUGAACCUGACCGCGUGCCAAUUGACGGCAAAGGGAUGUCAAGCGGUUGCGGAGGUGAUCAAAUUUCAGAAAAUGCAACGCUACGCUGCGAGCUGGGAACAAUCGUUACGCUAUGGCGACAUUAAGGAGGAUAAGCUAAUGGGUCUGCGAUACCUGUACCUGAGCCAUAACCCGGGCAUAGGGGACUAUGGUUUGCUCGAGCUUACGGAUAUCCUAAAGGACGAUGUCUGGGUACGCCAGAUUCAUGUGUGCAACUGCGGAUUGACCGAUACUGGGGCACAGUUUCUAAUCGAAUGCUUGAAUAUGAACGCUGCGAUCGAAAAGUUCGACAUCCGCGACAAUAACAAAAUCUCUAAUGAAGCGUGCCAUGAGAUACUUCUCAAGCUGGGAGUAAAGCUGGAGGAGGACGAUGGAUCGGAUUCAGGAACAUCACCUUCAAAGUAUCCAAAGACUAUGGCUGGAUUGAGGGAGCGCUGUGAGCAUUUGGAAAUGCAACUGAAUAAUGAGCGCAACAGAAGAAGCCAGUUGGAGUCACAGCUGGAGCAACAGAACCAGCAGCUCGGCGACUAUGCUACACAGCUGAAGGAACUGCAGUUUGAAAUGAACGCUUUGAUAAAGUCACGUAACGAUGUCUUAGAAAUGUUGAAAAAAGCUGAAAGCAAAUCCACAAAGGCAAAGAAGGCAGGACCUAACGCUCCUUUGCGCAAAUCUCAAAGCGACGCAUUUGCAAUAGUGAGCCAGGAAGUUUCAGCGUGUGAAACGAUAAUGGCCAACAUUUCAAAGUCUGAAAUAGUUCUUAAUGCAGAAAAAGAUCUGUCUACCGUAUCUACCGCUAAUCGUUUUAUUGAACGCUCCAUUGGUGAUGGUGGUGGCGAUGCAGUAGAGAAGGAGGCUGAAUCAAUUCCAGAGAAAAUUUAA